UUGUUUUGUCAGCAGUGCUUGGUCAUUCAAAUACAGCUCUCUCUGAAUUUGCGUAGCGUCAAAAAAAACAACUCUAUACAACCAGUAUCUUGUAUUACUGCCGUGGGGUUUCAAAGAGGGGCAAGUCAGGCACCCUUCAUACCAGAUUCAGUUACACUGCUGUAGAAAGAAAAAGGGGAGGGAAAGAGAGAGAGAGAUACCGAAUCAAACCAGGUGUUGUAGUUUAAGCAAGUGGAGCAGGAGGGUGAGAGGAAGAAGACGAAGGACAUCCAGGGGACAGUGAGUUACUGGAGAGUCCCACCUCCAGGGAGGGUCGUGUUUACUCUGUGCUUCGUGUUGGAUGAGGUGCUUCUAGGCCUUACCAAAGAAGACGCUACAACAUCCUGCCCAGGUGCCUGAGGACAGCAGUAGACCGUUGAAUCCCACACAGCCAGUGGUUCCCCGGCCAGGCCGCCACAGAAGGCCCAUGACGGCUCCAAAGACUCCGAAGGAGAAGGCGUCUAAGAAGAAAAGAAUAAUUCUGACUGUCCUGGUAGUUGUGGUUUUACUGGGCAUACUGGUCACUGCAGCAUACUUUAUUAAGCAGCUGAUUGACAGCAAAUAUUUCUUCUGCAAGAGGUCCGUGAAGUUUAUCCCGAUAGACAAGGCCUGUGACGGGAAUAAUGACUGUUCUGGAGGAGAGGAUGAAUUGACAUGUCUGUCAAGCUUUAAAGUCAACACUACCUUUCCAGUGCGGCUCAUGACAGCACGGCAGCUCCUGCAGGUCUACAGUCCUGGCCCAGGUUGGAGGAGUGUGUGUAGCGACGACUGGGCCGAGCAACACACACAGACAGCAUGUAAACAACUUGGAUACACAUAUAAACCUAAAAGCACAAGUGUCAAAGUGGACACAUUGUUGCCAACUCUGAAAACUGGACCAUUCACAGCUAUCAGGCCCGGGACUACAAAAACACCCAUUCAUCAGGCUACUAUAGACCGCAGUGUAUGCAAAUCCGGCUCUGUGGUUUCUUUGUCCUGUUCAGAUUGUGGAGAGGUGGGCUUUCAGGACCGUGUUGUCGGGGGUUCAGAUGCUUUCAUUGAGGACUGGCCCUGGCAGGUUAGCUUGCAGCAGGGAGGCCAACACACAUGUGGAGGCUCACUGGUGUCCCCACGUUGGGUUAUCACUGCUGCCCAUUGCUUCAGUGGCAGUAAAAAAGAGCUGAGUCGCUGGAGAGUGGUGUCAGGCCGGACAUACAUAGGCACACUAGGAGGUUCCUAUGUGGACAGAAUCAUAUUAAAUGCAAACUACGAUCCAGCACGAAACGACUACGACAUUGCAAUGAUGAGACUCAGCAGCCCGAUAUCAGUGGGAGUGAGCCGCAAACCGGUUUGUCUACCUCCUAAAGCCUUUAGCCUUCCUCCCGAAUCCUCCAUGUCUGUGACUGGCUGGGGAUACCUGGAGGAAAAGGGUAAGGUUUCUCCUACACUUCAGAAGGCCUCUAUCCCUCUGAUAGGGCGGCCGACGUGUGCCAGCCCCACAGUGUAUGGGAGUUCAAUAACCAAAAGAAUGAUCUGUGCUGGUUUCCUGAAUGGGGGAGUGGAUGCCUGCCAGGGGGACAGUGGGGGUCCUUUGGUGUAUUUCACCUCCUCUCAAUGGCAUCUGGUUGGAGUGGUGAGCUGGGGGGUCGGCUGUGCACGGGAGAGAAAACCAGGUGUCUACUCCAACGUCGAAGAAAUGCUAAACUGGAUUCGAACAGUAGUUGAGAAAAACCCCUGAGGUGUUGAGCAAGACUCCAGUCAAGUCUGCCUUGGACAGCCUGUGAAACUCAAAGAAAGUUUUUGUUUCAAUAUGGAUGACUAAAGAGGGUAGAAAGAAGGAAAGAAAGUCAAAGAUCAUAGCAACACAAAAUAACUGUUAAACACAGCCAAAUGCAAAAACACUGCACAGACACACACACACACACACACACACACACACACACACACACACACACACAUGGUUUCACACAAAAUGUAUUGCAGGUGUUUGUGCCAUUUCAGGUUCUUAUCUCAGGGGAAAAGUAUAUGUAUGUUAUGUGUUGCUGGCUAGUCUGAAAUGUUUUUUUAAAAUCAACAAUGUAGUCAUUUGACAGACCAAAUUUACUGAUUAUGCGUUUUUAAAUAAGGUUGGUAUCAAAUGUGAAUAUAUUUGACCACUGGUUUUGACAAAAGGACUUAGCAAUAACUGUUCAAACUCUUGUAAUAGUGUAGAGUUUGGACCUCACCAGACUGGCAGACCUCAGACAUAAUGUACUUGAUUACUAUGUGCUAUGAUUUUCGUUUUGCUAUGUGUUAUGAGGGGUUUAUACAAUUAAUGGCAAUAGGUGACAGACAGGGUAAACCUGAGCCAAGUCCAGCAGAAGUCAGUGUGUCAGGUUAUGUCACCAAUAUAAGUGAUCACAUUUAUGGUGCUUAUUCAGUUGAUCUGAUGGCUGUCCCUUAACGCACCUUUUUAUAGCAUUGACAUGUGCUUGCAUUCUUCUUACAGAUUGUUUUACAUGAGCACUUUAAUUGGGAAUUACUUGACUAUGUAUGCCCAUAUCAUUUAAUUGACUAAUAAUGCACUAAAGACUGUAACUCUAACCACACUGUUACGUAUUCAUGGUGCUGCCACACCGAGUUUCAAAGUGCAAUCAGAUAUCCAGCAUGCAUUAAGAAAACUCACACCAUGGCCAGAUUUAGGUGGUGGCCACUGAGAUGUAUGCCUUUACAGCAAAAGGAUAUUGGUGUAAAUUCAUUAGAGCGAGCAAUAGAGAUACGUAUGUAAAUGUGUGCAUUCAGGAAAAAUAAUUGUAUUUCUAUAUUUUAAAUCCAUAAUCGAGUUGUUGCAAAGCAAAAACAAUGCAUCUACCUUUUAUUUUUGAAAUAUGUAUCCUUUCUUGUGUGAGACAUGCACACAAAAUAGUAUAAAUUGGCACAGAAUUUUAAAAGCAAUAGUUUACAUAUUGUAUUUUACUGUAGGAUAGGAAUAGCUUUUCUUGUAAGGUUUGGUGGUUGCCACAGUGGAUAAUAAUAUUUGACUGUAUAUAUGGUUCUUUUUGUUGAUUAUUUUUUAUACCUGUAAAUAGGUUGUACAUAUAAUAAAGACUUUCUUCUUCAA